GGUUUGAACUGGCCAAUGGGCGAGCUCCCGACCGGGUGUCGGAAAAGGAGGCGGAAGCGGGGAGGAGCCGCCGUUGCAGCUGGACUACAUCCGCCGCGGCGUCUCCAUGGCACGACCCUGGCCUCCAACUUCAACGACUUCUUAAGGAGGCGUUUCUGGGCGCAGCCGUGUCGCUCCUGGUUUCCAUCGUGUGGGAAGAACGGAGUAACAAGUCUCACGCAGAAAAAGGUCUUGAGGACAGCUUGUGGCGCACCCAGUGUGACCGUGACGAAGCGAACUAUGAAGGACCACUCUUCAACUCCCCCCUUACAUGUUCAUGUGGAUGAGAACACCCCUGUCCACGUCCACAUAAAAAAACUCCCGAAACCAGCAGCGGCCAGCAGCCAGAAAUCUCAUAAGCGCGGAAUGAAAGGGGACACCGUGAAUGUGCGGCGGAGUGUCCGAGUGAAAACCAAGAAUCCACCUCACUGCCUGGAGAUUACGCCACCAUCUUCAGAAAAGCUGGUCUCAGUAAUGCGAUUAAGUGACCUCUCUACAGAGGAUGACGACUCGGGUCACUGUAAAAUGAACCAUUAUGAUAAGAAGAUUGACAGUCUAAUGAACGCAGUCGGUUGUCUCAAAUCUGAGGUGAGGGGUGUGGGAGGCUGGGACAGCGAGGAGCUGGAGGAGGUGGCCCACGAGCUGGCUGAGACCGAGCACGAGAACACAGUGCUGAGGCACAACAUCGAGCGCAUCAAGGAGGAGAAGGACUUCACCAUGCUUCAGAAGAAACACCUCCAGCAGGAGAAGGAGUGCCUCAUGUCCAAGCUGGUGGAGGCGGAAAUGGAUGGGGCUGCCGCAGCCAAGCAAGUCAUGGCCCUGAAGGAUACCAUCGGGAAGCUGAAGACGAAUGUAGCCAUCUGGGUUUAUUGCUUAAUGACUCUGCUUUCCCUUUGCCUUCCCUGGAAGGAUUCCGGAAGGCUGAUGGAGCAACAAGGAGCACUUCUGAAACGGCUGGCAGAGGCAGACUCUGAGAAAGCGCGGCUGCUGUUAUUGCUGCAAGACAAGGACAAGGAGGUGGAAGAGCUCCUCCAGGAAAUACAAUGUGAGAAGGCUCAAGCAAAGACAGCAUCCGAACUCUCCAAGUCCAUGGAGUCCAUGCGUGGGCAUUUGCAGGCACAGCUUCGGAGCAAAGAGGCAGAGAACAGUCGCCUGUGUAUGCAGAUCAAGAACCUGGAACGCAGUGGGAACCAGCACAAGGCGGAAGUGGAGGCCAUCAUGGAGCAGUUGAAGGAAUUGAAGCAAAAGGGAGAUCGAGACAAAGAGUCUUUAAAGAAGGCCAUCCGAGCCCAGAAGGAACGAGCCGAGAAGAGCGAGGAGUAUGCCGAGCAGCUGCACGUGCAACUUGCCGACAAGGAUCUCUAUGUUGCCGAAGCUUUAUCCACUCUCGAGUCAUGGAGGACCCGCUACAACCAAGUUGUGAAAGACAAGGGGGACCUCGAGCUGGAAAUUAUUGUCCUGAAUGACCGAGUGACAGAUCUCGUGAACCAACAGCAAACCUUGGAGGAGAAGAUGCGGGAAGACCGGGACAGCCUGGUGGAGAGACUUCACCGGCAGACUGCCGAGUAUUCUGCAUUUAAACUAGAGAAUGAGCGGCUGAAGGCAAGCUUCGCUCCAAUGGAGGACAAACUCAAUCAGGCGCACCUCGAGGUCCAGCAGCUGAAGGCAUCGGCUAAGAAUUAUGAGGGGAUGAUUGACAACUAUAAGAGUCAGGUGUUGAAGACCAGAUUAGAGGCCGAUGAAGUAGCUGCCCAGCUGGAACGCUGCGACAAAGAGAACAAGAUCCUUAAAGAUGAGAUGAACAAAGAGAUUGAAGCGGCACGUAGGCAAUUCCAGUCCCAGCUGGCUGACCUGCAGCAGCUGCCUGACAUCCUCAAGAUCACAGAGUCUAAGCUUGCAGAGUGCCAAGACCAGCUGCAGGGCUACGAGAGGAAGAACAUCGACCUCUCAGCCAUCAUAUCAGAUCUGCGCAGCCGGAUCGAGCAUCAGGGGGACAAGCUGGAGAUGGCGAGAGAGAAACACCAGGCUUCCCAGAAGGAAAAUAAACAGCUGAGUCUGAAGGUGGAUGACCUGGAGAGGAAACUGGAGGCGACCAGUGCCCAGAAUAUCGAGUUCCUACAGGUGAUUGCCAAGAGGGAGGAGGCAAUCCACCAGUCCCAGCUGCGGCUGGAGGAGAAAACACGGGAAUGUGGGUCCCUGGCAAGGCAGCUGGAGAGCGCCAUUGAAGAUGCUAGGAGGCAGGUGGAGCAGACCAAGGAGCACGCGGUCUCCAAGGAACGAGCAGCCCAGAACAAAAUCCUGGACCUUGAGACCCAGCUGAGCAGAACCAAAACUGAGCUCACCCAGCUGCGGCGGAGCCGUGACGACGCUGAGCGCCGCUACCAGAGCCGGCUGCAAGACCUGAAAGACCGCCUGGAGCAGUCAGAGAGCACCAACCGCAGCAUGCAGAACUACGUCCAGUUCCUCAAGUCCUCCUAUGCCAACGUGUUUGGGGAUAGUCCUUACACGACCUACCUGACCAGCUCUCCCAUCCGCUCCAGGUCUCCUCCUGUCUGAGGCCCAGACAGGAGCCCAGACUGAUGCCAUGGGAACUGACAAGUUGCCAAGCCAUACCUGGAAAGCCUGUUGCUUUUCCCUCUUCCGGUGACGAAGUGUGUGUUUAGGAUCUUGUGCCUAGCUACUGGCUCCAUGACAGUCCCGAGAGCGGCAGGGCAUGGAGCAGCAGGAGCCACUCAGCUCUCUCUCUGCUGGAGUUGCCUGAAGGAAGUUUUUAAGUACCCUGCCAGGCCUUAAAUCUACGACUAUGAGGGAACCAGGUUUUAACUCACUGUGACCUAGCACAUUCCUUUCCUGAGAGAAUGUGUGGACUGGACUUUUUCCUCCAGUCCCCUUCAGCCCUCUUUCUAGAAAUAUAUUUAAUUCUUGGACCUGAGCCAGCAGAGGCCCUCCCCACCCCUCCUGGGUUGUGAGCACAUUUACUCCCGCUUUUCCUUACGUCCUGGGUGCGGUGUUUUCCCACGCCCAAUGGAAACCUCUCGAAUCCGAGUUUCCUUAAGGCCACUUGCCCCACGCACUUCACAACAGACACUCAAGGGCUCGUGUCCAGUUGGCCUUUUAAAAGUGUGAUCCCAAGAUAAUUAAUUUUUGUUUCUCUUUGCCAGGUUUGUAUCUAUGGAAUGCAUUUAUCCUUGAAAUAUUUGUGUUGCUUUACAAAAAGCUUUUAUAAUCAAUAUUUAAGACUCCGUGGAUGAGUUCCUUUACCCACCCCCAUCCCUCUUCUAAAAGUGAUUAAGAAUAAUGCUUAAUGGGAGCCAGUAACUAUUUUUAAAGUACUUGGUGCAUGGAACAUUAGAUCUUUCAUUUCAUUGUGGCCCAGCUAGUUUCUCCUGUGGGCGCUUUUUGUGAAAUGACUGGAGGCAUUGUUCAUUGUUGGGGUGCAGACCACUUUAGCUGUUAGGAGAAAGAAAAUGAGAGUGUAUAUAUAUGACUGUUUUUAAAAUGUUAAUUGGUUUCUGAAUGA